UACACCACCGCAUUCUGCUGCAAGGUCUGAGGUGUAAACAGCAGUAAACCAAGACCCACCACGCCUCACCUGAUAUAACAGGAGCAUAGCUCUUAGCCCCUACGAUCAUAGAGCUCUGUACGCGAGGAUAGACGGCAACGAUGCUGGGGAAACUUCUGGCUCGAGGUGCCGUCGCCACCCAGCGGCGACUAUCAAAUGCCUCGCGUCGCCGCCGGGUCGCGUCCGCCAGCCUGUGGGGAGGCGCGCCUGACACUGUCGCCACUUGUGCUUUCGAUUUUGCUGCGUUGGUGCCGCGGCGCCACCUCGGAACGGCGGUAGGCUUCGCCGACACGGGCUUUGUCGAGGGCAGCAACAACGGCGUCGACGGCAGCACCAGCAACAGCGACGAAAGCCCUCGGCAGCAAUGGCAACGACAAGGGCAGGAGGAGCCAGCAUCCGUGGAACGACAGUUUGAAGAGGAGGAGGGGGAGGGAGGUCAGGGACUAGAAGAAGGGUCAGAAGCAGCGUGGGGAAGGGAGGAUGACAAAUCAAGUCGAGGGGGUAGAGGAAGACGGGGUCGGCGCAGCGGCAAGAGAUUCGGGCGUGGCGGAGGCGGCGGCGGCGAAAGCAGGGGGAAGACGAGGACGGGGCAGUUCAUGGCGGAGAUGCAAGAUCUAAAGCGGACGGGGGAUUGGAUCGGGAUAAUCGACAUGUACAAGCAGGCCUGCGACGACGAGAACGUCACACUCAACCGCGUCAUGAUAAACACCACCAUGGCCGCGCUGGCGCGUAGUCCCAGGUGGCAGGUCUCUCUCUCGAUUCUCCAGGAGAUGCGCGACGCCGCUACCAUAACGCCGGACGCGUACACGUUCAACGCGGCCUUGAUGGCGUGCGCGCACGGGCGCCAGGACAGGCUGGCGUUCGCCCUGCUGGGCGAGAUGCGGGAGGCCGGGAUCAAGCCCGACUCCUUCACGUUCACGCACCUGGCCACGGUCUGCGGGCACAAGGGCGAGUGGGAGAGGGCCUUCUCCUUGAUCGAGGAGAUGAGGGCGGAGGGGAUCCGGCCCAACUGCGUCGCGUACAACGCCGUCAUCGUCGCGUGCGGCAACGCCGGGGAGCACGCCCGCGCGGUUGGGGUGCUCGAGCAGAUGAGGGAGGAAGGGGUGCAGCUGACCGAGGGGACCUACUGCGCCGCUAUCGCGGCCUGCGGCAAGGCGGGCCAGUGGGAAGGCGCGGUGGACCUCCUGGAAGAGAUGAAGGAGGGCAGGGACAACCUGGAGCCGAACGAGUACUGCUAUAACUCGGCCAUCUCAGCGUGCGAGAGGGCGUCAAGGUGGCAAGAAGCCCUGGCCCUGCUGCGAGAAAUGCAAGAGGCCGAGCUCAAAGUCACGGCCGGCACCUACAGCCACGUGGUGAAGGCCUGCACGAACGCCGGCGAGAUUUCGCAGGCGAGAAGCCUCCUCGACGAGAUGCGCGAGAACGACAUGCCGGUGAAGAAGGGCACGGUCGCAAUGGUGGAGAAGAGAGCGGAGAGGCGCAGCGUUGACCACCGGCUGCGGAGGGCAUCGCCACCACCAGCACAACAAGGUGGUGAAGCUGCGCCGCACGACUCUCCUUACCCCGAAGCCGCGCCUGACACGGAGUACGCGAACGCCUCGGCGUCCUGGACGCAGCAGGUCCCCAGGAGCGAUGGCGCCUUCCUUGCCGUUGCUUCUGAUGCCCCCCCUCCUGCGGCUUUUACGCCAGCGGCGGCUGUGGAACCGUCGCCCCGGCCGCGCGUCUAUACCGUCAAGCACUUCCUGCGGUCGGUCGGUAGCCACUCCGGGCAUAGGCGCUGGGCUGAGAUGCUGUCAGAGCUGGACCACGCCAUCGCCGACCCGAACACCAAGGUCUCGCUGCGCAUGUACGAGGGGUGCCUGGCCGGCCUGGCGUCCGGGGGGAAGUGGGUCGAGGCUCUCUCGGUGCUGGAGAGGAUGGAGUCGGCAGGGCUGAAGCCCAGCUCGCGCUGUGUGACGGCUGCGAUUAAGGCCUGCGCGAAGGUGAACCCGCCGAAGUGGGGCCUGGCGCUGUCGCUCGUGCGGGGGCUUGAGGAGCCAGAGGUAUGGACGUACGUGGCGGCGCUGGCGGCGCUGGGGAAGGCGGGGCAGUGGAAGGCCAGCACGGCGCUACUGGAAGAGAUGAGAGCUGAGGGAGUGGCGCCUAACUUGUACUGCUACAACGGGGCGCUGCAGGCGUGUCGCCUGGCACAUCCCCCUCAGUGGCAGCACGCGUGCUCCCUGCUGGCGCAGAUGAAGGAGGAGGGGACGGCGCCGAACGAGGUGUGCUACAAGACCGCCAUACACGCUUGCCGGGCAGCGUCAGAGGACGACGUCGCGGAGUCUCUCUUGAGUGACAUGAUCGCGGCGGGAUUUGCUACGCAGGCGGAGGAGCUCAAGACUCCCCCAGUCGCAGCUGCAGCAGAGUGCGACAGACCAUGACACGAUGAAACGGAGUUGGUCUACUCUGUUGCCCAUAUGUGAUUCUUUUCCUUGGGGAAUGUCGUGUGCCCUUGUCGAAGGGGCGGCCUCGGGCAGGCGGGUUUGCGCUGUCUGUGGAAGGAUCUCGAUGCAUCCUCGUCUGCAAUGUAUAGAGCGUGUGUGCUGUCCUAGUCUGAGACCACGAAAUAGAACAGGAACGGGGUGCUUGGCGUUGAUGGUGAUGUUCUCCACGGAAGGGUUUGGAGUUACCCUUUUUGUGCUUGAAGUCCAGAUUCCGCCCCGGGGUUCUUAAUUAAUGGUCAGGGACACGUAGCGAUCGAUGUUUCCCUCAGGCUCACAUCCUGUUGAAGACAGAGCUUAAUAAUUUGAGCAGAUGCCCGCGGUGGUGUGCGAGCGAGGUUGGUUGGUUCUGCGGGCGCAAGGGUACACAGGAUUUCCGCGUCGCCGUACGAUUGCCUCUGAGGAACGCGAAUAAGCUUGCCAGUGUUGACUUGCGACGGACGCGUGGUACGUGCGCGCAGCGCGGGGGACCGCUGUUUGUGUGUUGAUGAAUCUGUUCAAUGUAGUCUACCGUGUUGUCCACCGGUCUCGCCACGCGCGCCAGCGUGACCCUUUCUCCGACUUUCGCUUCACCUUGAUUCUCGUGGAGCCGAUCCGGGGCAGACAAGACGCACGCACUGGAGAACGAAGAACCAAACAGGACGGCGGUGACCUACUUCAACGAAAAGAAACAUACGUUUGAUGAGCCGGUUUUUGGAACGAGCGAUAGAGUCACGGGGGGAAAGGGCAGCCGUUGCCGGAUAACCCGGAGCAAUCGAUUGGGAGGGAGAGGGUACCAGA